AUGGGUCUGGCGUUCACGAAGAUAUGGCAGCGCAUGAUCGGAAAGCAGGAGAUGCGCAUUUUGAUGGUCGGCUUAGAUGCGGCCGGUAAGACAACCAUCCUCUACAAGCUGAAGUUGGGCGAAGUGGUCACCACGAUUCCAACCAUCGGCUUCAACGUGGAGACUGUGGAGUACAAGAACCUGUCGUUCACGGUGUGGGACGUCGGAGGCCAGGACAAGAUUCGCCCUCUGUGGCGCCACUACUAUCAGGGCACAAACGGCCUGAUCUACGUCGUUGACAGCAACGACAGGGAUCGCAUCGAAGACGCCCGCGAGGAGCUCAACAAGAUGCUGAACGAAGACGAGAUGCGCGAUGCAGUCGUCCUGGUCUUUGCGAACAAGCAGGACCUGCCAAAUGCAAUGACUGCGGCCGAAGUUACCGAGAAGCUCGGACUGCACAACCUGCGCCAUCGUCAAUGGUUCAUCCAGUCCGCCUGCGCCACCACGGGUGACGGUCUGUACGAGGGUCUGGACUGGUACAAGAACCUGUCGUUCACAGUUUGGGAUGUCGGAGGCCAGGACAUGAUUCGCCCUCUGUGGCGCCACUACUAUCAGGGCACAAGCGGCCUGAUCUACGUCGUCGACAGCAACGACCGGGAUCGCAUCGAAGACGCCCGCGAGGAGCUCAACAAGAUGCUGAACGAAGACGAGAUGCGCGAUGCAGUCGUUCUGGUUUUUGCAAACAAGCAGGCGCGUUGGUUUUGGGUGUUGGACGGAUUCGUGAGGGAAGCUCUUCUUGGUUUAGAGUUGCUUCAUCCCCAUGAUUCUUCUGACAGGACCUGCCGGAUGCAAUGA